GCGCUGUUGAGUCUCGUGAACCGCGGUAGGUCACAUGGUCACACCAAAGAAGACCCACAUCCACCUUCAGCUAGCAGGAGCUGGCAUGUUGUCAUUUCUGCUCUUCGUGUUAUUUUCUAAUUGAACGAGUUAACCAGCGUAAAACCCUGAAAAUGCGCCGUCUGGGCUCCGUUCAGCAGAAGAUACCGUGCGUGUUCCUCACCGACGUGAAGCCAGAACCGUCCAGUAAACGGGACCGUCAGCAAUUUCAGGUCAUCGCCACCGAAAACGUGAACCCGGUUGCUGUGGAGGCUAACAUAGACGGUGCAGUAGCCACAGAGAAACUGGAUGGGACCUGCUGCUACGUCACCCUGCAUCAAGGUCGAUUGUACCUCUGGGCCAGACUCGACAGGAAACCCAACAAGCAGGCAGACAAGAGGUUUAAGAAGCACCAGCACACUCACCAAAGCAGUAAAGAUUUCACAUGGAAUGUGGAGGAAGACUUCAAAGCAGUGUCAGAAAUGUGGAUCCCAGCUCACAAAGUCAGACACCACAACGGCCACCCGAUGCCUGACGAGCACGGACACAUUCCAGGCUGGGUUCCGGUGGAGAAGAGCAACAAGCAGUACUGCUGGCACUCCUCUGUGGUGGAUUAUGAAGUCGGGUCAGCUCUUGUUCUUCGGCCAAGCUCUGAUGAAGAGGUGUUAGAAAUCACAGCCGUCCCACUGGCGGACCUCCAGGAACACACUCUGGAGCUGGUUGGAACCAGCAUCAAUGGAAACCCUUAUGGGCUGGGGAGUAAGAAGCAGCCUGUUCACUGCCUGGUUCCACAUGGCAGCAUCCCAGUAACCAACCCUCCACCAGUGGACUUCCAGCAGCUUUGCUCCUGGUUCCAGGAGAGCCCAGCAGGCCGAGUGGAGGGCAUCGUGUGGCACUGUAAGGACGGCACCCUUGUCAAGGUUCAUCGUCACCACCUGGGUCUCCGGUGGCCAGUUGGGGACACCCACCUCUCCAGCAGGUCGGUGGUGGUUCGGGUCGAUGCCUACAGCUCCACCAACACCUUGUUCACAGCUCUUUCAGCUCUAAAUGGACACAGCUUCAGACGGCUUCAGGAUGUCCAGUUAGAGUCGUAACCGGGGUAUUCGCUCUGCUGAACCUGACACUUGAGGAACCAGAAGUCUCAUGAGAGUGGUCUUUAAGGGACGAGGUGUCCCCGUCCUACAAGCUCCGACCUGAAGGACUUGCCAGCUGGGUGAGAAAAUCUUUGUGUGAAGAGUAAAUGGCAGAUUUGACAGAUUAAGGCAGUUCCUUUAUUGACACACUUAUAAAUACGUUACAUGAGAAAUGACUGUAAACCUACGAGUUAAGAAAAGACAAAAGCUGCUGUAUAGAAAACAUAAAAGAACCAGUUUAAUAUUAAACCCUCAUUGUUUUAUUGUGGAACAAACAGGAUAAGGGCUGCGUUUUAACCUACGUUAGUGUGCCAGACCCUCAGUUAACUGAUGGACACGCUGGGCAUCUCAGCCUGGACCCCAAACUGGUCACACACCUUCUUCAGCUGCUCCUCCAGCAGGAUGUUCUUCUUCACCUCCAGGUUGUAGUUAUACUUCAGAUCCUCCAGCUCGUCCAAGAGUGUUGGGUCAAAGCUCUCCAGCUCCUUCUUCAACCUCCUGACCUCCGCUUGAAGGCUGCUCUUCUCCGUUUCUGCUGCCUGCAGGAGGGUGUUCACUUUUCUGUAAUCUGAAAAUAAAACUAAUGAUGCAACAUCCA